CUCCUGACCCCGCGGCGGCCGAGAAGGGGAGGGGGAAGGAGGAGGAAGAGUAUGAGGAGAGAACGAGAAGGAGAUGUGUCAGUGAGUUCCCGCGAGAUGUGACGGAAGCCUGUGGGGGACACGGGCUUUCAUGUGCGGCUCGGCCGGCGGUCGUAAGGGAACCAUUGUCAUGAAAAGAAGGCUAUAAUAAUCUGUUUACCUUAUGGUUGUGGAGUUACAUGUGAAAUCUGCCAGGUAAUACAAGGACCUGUGGAAUAUGAGUGAUGACAAACCCUUUUUAUGUACUGCCCCGGGAUGUGGACAGCGUUUUACCAACGAGGAUCAUUUGGCUGUCCAUAAACAUAAACAUGAGAUGACACUGAAAUUUGGUCCAGCUCGUAAUGACAGUGUCAUUGUAGCUGAUCAGACCCCAACGCCAACUCGAUUCCUGAAAAAUUGUGAAGAAGUGGGUUUAUUCAAUGAGCUAGCAAGUCCUUUUGAAAAUGAUUUCAAAAAAGCUUCUGAAGAUGAUAUUAAGAAAAUGCCACUAGAUUUAUCACCUCUUGCAACACCAAUUAUUAGAAAUAAAAUUGAAGAGCCUUCAGUUGUUGAAACAACUCACCAGGAUAGCCCUUUACCUCAUCCAGAAUCCACUACCAGUGAUGAAAAGGAAGUGUGUCUCCAGCCGACUGCUCAGCCGACAUCCACCAUUGUUCGUCCAGCUUCUCUGCAAGUUCCCAAUGUGUUGCUUGCAAAUUCUGACUCCAGUGUCAUUAUUCAGCAGGCCAUUCCUUCACCAACCUCCAGUACUGUCAUAACCCAGGCUCCAUCUUCCAAUAGGCCCAUAGUACCAGUGCCAGGUCCUUUCCCUCUGCUAUUACAUCUUCCUAAUGGACAAACCAUGCCUGUUGCUAUUCCUGCCUCAAUCACAAAUUCUAAUGUUCAUGUCCCAACUGCAGUCCCGCUUGUUAGACCUGUCACCAUGGUGCCUAGUAUCCCAGGAAUUCCAGGGCCCUCCUCUCCACAGCCAGUGCAGUCUGAGGCAAAGUUGAGAUUAAAAGCUGCAUUAACCCAGCAGCACUCUCAGGUAACAAAUGAAGAUACUGCAAAAGGACAAACAAGUGGAUUGGUUAGAAAUCAGUCAGAGGAAGCCAGGCCACAGUCACUGCAACAACCUGCUACAUCAACUACUGAAACGCCGGCUUCUCCAGCUCAACCUGCACCACAGACUCCAAAUACUGGUGGUCGCCGAAGAAGAGCAGCUAAUGAAGAUCCUGAUGAGAAAAGACGCAAAUUUCUUGAGCGGAACAGAGCAGCUGCUUCCAGGUGUAGACAAAAAAGAAAAGUUUGGGUGCAGUCUUUGGAAAAGAAAGCAGAAGACCUAAGCUCAUUAAAUGGCCAGUUACAGAGUGAAGUCACCCUGCUGAGAAAUGAAGUGGCGCAGCUGAAACAGCUUCUUCUGGCUCAUAAAGAUUGCCCUGUAACAGCCAUGCAGAAGAAAUCUGGCUAUCAUACCACAGAUAAAGACGAUAGUUCCGAAGAUAUUUCUGUGCCAAGCAGUCCUCACACCGAAGCUAUUCAACAUAGUUCAGUCAGCACUUCCAACGGAGUGAGCUCCACCUCCAAAGCCGAAGCAGUGGCUACGUCGGUUCUCACCCAAAUGGCAGACCAGAGUACGGAUCCAGCACUUUCGCAGAUUGCAGCAGCCCCUCCAUCCCAAUCUCAGCCAUCAGGCAGUUGAUUAAAAACUUGUGUUGUUUUUAGAUAUUCCUUAGCAACUUCAAAGGGAAACAAGGAAAACGGCCUUCACCUAAGAGAAAUCUGUAUCUUAAAAUUAUUCAUCUGUAAAAUUCAAACUUGAAUUUGGCUUUGAAAGUUGGUAGACAGGAAUUGCACAACAGGUUGUAGUCUUGUAAUAGACACCCAGGUUUGUUUUUCUUUCCUAGGAUUGCUUGUUAUUUUCAGUGCUCGUCAUGUGAAGUGUCGGUACAGUUGAAAUGUCCUUCUCUUUCAUUUGAUGGUAUUCCAAGAAACAUUGAGAACAGUCGCUUAAAUGCUCACCCCAAAAACUGUGAUAGUAAUCAUGUCAUAUUUUAUACCAAAGUUCUGUGUAGAUUCCUAUUGAUUUCGUAAAAUCUACAAGAUCCUAAAGCACUAGGCAAGAGGAAAAGACAGGAACAAUGCAUUUGCUUUUAGUCUUUUUGCCUUUAUGUUGUUUUGCACAUUAUGAAAGGAAAAAACAUUGGGAGAAUAUAUUUGAUUAUGUUAUUGUAGCAUUUUCUUUGGCUUUUUAACUGUUUGGGUGUUGUUGUUUUUUUUAAGGAUUUUGUUUAACAGGGCCAGUACAGUAUAUAAUAUACAGUACUUUUUAUGCACAUAUGUAAUCUUGAUCAGGGUCAUUAAUAGCUACAUUUUCUUUAAAUUUGUGUCAGUUUAGUUAGCUAGCACUUCCAUUUUUUCUGCUGCAAAAAAACUCUGCAUCUGCCUUCUUGUAACAAAGAGCAGUAGACUCAAUGGGCUUCUGAAAGGUGGGAUACUUUUUGGAUGCUAAUUUGCUAAUUUAUAGUUUCUUGAGUCUUAAACUGAGGGAGCUUAUUUAUAUUCCAGUGGUAUAGAUUCCACGAAAGUUUAAAUUCCUUCAUUGAAAGCUCAACUUUUUUUUUCCUUUUUUAAAUUUUCUUUUUUGUGGUUAUUGUCUUGUAUUUGCAAGGUAACUUGUACUUUAUUCUUGUGUAAGCACUGUUAUAUUUUAGUAGCAAAAUUUUGAUACCUUUCAGGGGGGAGGGAAUCAAUUAUCUACCGUACCAUGGAAACAAUGUAAUUACAGUAUGGUAUGCGUGUGCACAUGUAUGUGUUUCCUUGUGUGUGUGUGCAUUUGUGUGUAUGAGAGUGAAAGAUAAGGGGGAGAGAAUGGUUCAGUAGUUUAUGCCAGCAAUCAGUGCUUGAAUGUUUAAAGAUGCCUUCAAUGUGAUGCUGGCUUGAUAGAUGUUUGCAGUUUUGAAAUUCUAUUUACUGUGUGAACCUGGAUAACUAACAUUCCAUUACGUAGUUUGGUUCUGAUGAUAUGAUUGUAGGUACAGUUUUUCUCAUUAUCCAGUCAUCUGUAGGAUAUUGAGUUUUUUAAUGUGCCAUUGUCUAUUUUUAAUUCUGUACUCAUGUUAAAACAACAACAGUAUACUCUUUUAUGAUUAAGUUUUAAAAGUGCAAAAAUAGGUGUGUGCUUUCACAUCAGAAAACUUUGUACAAUUGCAAAGUAAAACUACACAGUAGAAUCAUCUGGCAGUAAAAAAAAGAAUUCCAUUAUGUAUAUAACCAACAUUUAAUGCAUUUAUGGUGGGUUGUCUAACUCAUAUGUUCUAUGCUCUGUUUUAACUUAAGGUGCCAUCAGACUAAGAAAUGAAACAUUCUGUUUUCAAUCAUGGAAUUGUAAUUGGUGGUAACAGCAGAGAGCAGCUAAAAUUUGUAUGAUGUACAACCAAACUAGAACAAUGCUAGAGGAAGUCAUCAAAUUAUGUAUAUAUCAUUUCAGUGCUUUAACUCUGAAAAUAAGAGUUUAAAUAUUUUGUGUAUUAAAAAUGUAAGGAAACCGAUUUUUGUGUAGUUUGAAAAAAGUGCUCUAAAUACUUUAUCAUUUGUAAAGGAAUUUUAUUUGGAAAGCAAUUUGACAAAACUUAAAAACCCAAGCCCCCAAGUACAAUGAGAAAUUUCCAGCACAAGACAUGAAUUCUGCAGGAAGCCUCUACAAUUAAUAGCUAUAAUUGAAUUUUUCACCCUGAUUUGGAGAUUUGCUCUCAGUUGGAAGUAGUGUAGCACAGGUAGGACCUCCACAUUCGAAUGCAUGGCUCAUGUACAUCCUCGUUCCUGAUUAUGCGCAUUGACAUCUGUGCAGAAGCCAGCUCCUUAUACACAGUUUCUUACCUGAGGUGGUUGUUUCCUCAUUGUGGAUUGGGUGAACCACAUAGAUUAAUUUGGUUAUAUUUUAUCCCAUAAAAAUGAUGGGCAUAAUCUACUGGACACUGCUAUGCUCUACUACAUCCGUUCAUUUCUGUUUCCUAAACGGUUUACUGAAAUGAAUGGUGUUGGUGCAGUAACAAUGUCUGGUGCUAUAUGAGGCAGUCCUAUUUUUAAAAUCUUAUUUAAUAAAAAAGGGUUUUUUAGUUAUAAAACUGUUACCGUUGUAAAGUAAAUUAAAUAUGUGUGAGGAAAUAUGUAAAUGAUUUGAAUGGAAGGGUUAGUGGAAAAUCCUAUCUAUGUUUGGCAAACAAAGUUGUACAACCAUAGAUUCUGUUUUAAAAUGUAUGUCACACUACUUCUGUACUUGGCAUUUGAGGUCAUUGCAUUUGACAUGUUUCACAAACUGUACAGUUUUCUUCAAUGUGCAGUUAGCAUGAGUAAAUCAUCAGAGAAUAAAAUCUAUCUUUAAAUUGUA